AUGUUUUCCUUCUUGGUCCAGUUUGGGUUUUGGGUUUUAUCUGUACUCUUUUUACUGUGUUUGGGUGAAUUUAUUGCAUGAUUCAAUUUUUGACCUCUCCAGGAUUCUUCAUAUCUAAGCUUAUUUGUAAUAGGUUUUAGCGUUAAUGUGGUUUUUGGUUGUAUGCAAUUGAAUUUCUCUAAUUUAGCUUCCCGAGCUUUUAAUGUUUGCGUUUUCUGAGUUGGAAUGGGCUAAUUCUUUAUUUGCUUUCCAUUUUCUCUGUGGGGAGGGCCCUAUUUAAGAACCCUCUCAGGGAAUUUGAAACAUGGUUCACUGGGAAGCUCUGCUAAGCAAGUGGGAUUUCCCUGCACACAAUUCUCUACCAUAUUGGUGAAGUCUUUAGCAAAAAUAGAGUUUGCCACAAGUUUCUCGUUAGCAACAAGGGGGUUUCUUGAUUGAGCUCAGUGCUUGAAGCAGUGUCUGAAGCAGUAAGAGGAUUUAUAUUUAGCCUGGUGCUUCAUUGUAGGGUUUCCCUGACGAUCCUUUGCAUCACAAGGUUGGCAGGUUGUGCAUUCUGAUUUUUCAAUAUGACUAAAAAGGGUUUGGCCAAGAAAGAGGAUAAGAAGGAAUCUAGGUCCACAACUCGAAAAGCUACCAGUGGCACAAACAAAUCAAAAGAUGCUUCUGUAGAUAAUGAGAUGAGAACUGGGUCUCUGAGGGACGAAGUAAUGAGAAAGGUUGUUGGUAGUUCAAAGGGAGAGGAGUCUGCUGUAAAAAAUGGUAGUAAAUCUAAAGAUGACACUUUAGAUGAUGAUCUGAAAAUAGGGGCUCUGAAGAAUGAAAUGCUGAGGAAAUCUGCUGUUAACAAGCCUAAGACACAGAAAUCUGGGGCCAAAGAGGUAAGAAAAUCAAAUGAUUUUACCAUAGAUGCUGAUCCAACAUUGGAGGUUUUGAAGACUGAAGAAGGGGGGAAGGUUGCUGGUGAUAAGUAUAUGGGAAAGAAAGUGGCCAAACAGAGCAGCAAACUGAAAGGCAGUGGUGCAGAUAAUGAUCUAAAACUAGGGGCUCUGGAGGAUGAAGUAACAGAGGCAGUUUCUGGUGGUAAGUCUAUGGGAGAAAAAUCUGCAGCAAGAAAGACUAAGGCAAGAGGUGGUGCCAAAAUUGUUGAUGAAGAGCAGGAUGCAAAGACAAACAUGAUGAAGGAAGCGGGUAAAGAGGACACUCCCACUCCCAUGAAACGAAAGAGGGGAGCAGAUGGGGAAAUGGCACAGGCAUUUUGGUUGUCCAUAGAGAGAAGUUCAUCUAGGCUCCGCCCAAGGAAGGAGGUGCCUGCUUUCCGUUUGGUAGAUUUGGAGGAUGAUGAUAAUGACAGGAUUGUUGGCAAAAGAGUUAAGGUUUACUGGUCAGGGUCACGAAAAUGGUUCACUGGACACAUCAAAGCUUUUGAUUCUGACAAGGGGCUGCAUGAUAUUCUGUAUGAAGAUGGUGACUGUGAAAUUUUGGAUUUGAGGAAAGAGCGAUUUGAGCUUGAAGUUGUGGCCACCGACUGUUUCAAGGUGAGAACCAAAGCCAGUUCUGAAAAGAAAGUGAAGGGUUUGGAUGGUGCCAAAGUCAGUGCAGCAACUUUGAAAGAGGAGAUGGUAGAUGCUGAGAAAGAGGCAAAGGAAUUGGAGCCAGAGAAGAAAACUCCAGCAGAGAUACUUGUCAAAGAAAAUAAAGAUCAUGAUGUUAGUAAUGAAGGAGACCUCAUUGCAGAAAUGGGUGUGCAAAUGCUUCCUGAAAAAGCCAAGGAGGUGGUCAUUAAUGAGGUUGUUGAAGAACCUCAUCAAGCUGGUUAUGAAAAAGAGCAAGAUAGAUCUAAAAUGGAUGAAGAAGCCACACAAGUUAUCGGGCUGGUAACUAAUUCUCAGGCAAAAGAAUUGGGAUCAGGUAACGUGGAAGGGAGUGCAGAAGCUGUGGAAGUUGACUUCAUUGAGGUAGACAGUGAUAAAUCAGUGAAAAAGCGUGUGAACUCAAAGAAAAGAGUGGGACCUGGAGCUGUGAAAAGAAGAAGCUCCAGGUCACAGAACAGGAAAGAAAGCAAAGAGGAAGAAGACCAGGAUAAAAAUAAGGGAGGUGUUUCUCAUGAUGAUGAAAUUAAGGACCAGAUUAUGCAUGUCGACGUCAAUGUUGUCAAAUCUGUGGAGGUUAAUUAUAAGGACGUUGGAAAGAUUGAUUCUCUUGCAGAAGCAGUACAUGAAGGUGGAAUAUCAGCUGAAGGUCAACAUAACACACCAGAUUCCAAGGUUGAGGAGAAAGAGAUGGAUCAGGCAGAAAAGCAGUCUGAGAUAGGAGAUGUAAUGGUUCCAGAAGAUGCCAUAAAUAGGUUGGGUUUGAGUUCAAAUGCUCAAGGUGGGAAAGAUGAUAUGGAGGACUCAGCUGUUAGUACAGAAGCUUCUGUUCGUCUGGAUGAAGUCAAGGAAAAAGUAAGUAUCAGAAAAAUCAAUGUUGAAGGACCUGGUGAUGUUGAUACUGGGAAAGCAAAGAAGGCCGAGGAUGACAAUAAUCCUGAAAGCAUAGCUCAAUAUGUCCGCAGGGAGCGAUCCCUAGUUCAAACAGAGUGAGUAAGCCUUUUGAGUUUGAAGAUGGAGCUAGCCUUUGACUGCAAGAACACGUCAUAUCCAAGGUGACAGGUGGCUUUGAUCUCCAUAGAAAUCAAUGGCGUAAAAUGGGAAAAAUGCACUGAAUUGUGUCAAAUUUCUUUUCUUUUCUUUUCUUCUUCGGCUUUACUUCCUCUCUCUCUCCCCCCCCCCCCCCCCCACCUUUUUCCGUUUUGCCUUCCUCCCUUCUGGCUUCUCUCCAAUCAGAAAAGCAGAAACCAUGUGAACUUGUUAUGCAAAGCAUGCUCUAUGAACCAUAUAUGGAAAAAACUUCAGCCUUUAAAUGUAUAAUCUAUCCUGCUUUAUAUUGUGGUGA